UAUGAAAAAGUAUACUGAGUAGGAUUUUGAUGAGAAAGUAGAAAAAGCAGUUGAUAAAGUAAUAUAAAUUAUAUUGAAAUAGUAUUUAAAUAAGAAAGCACAAUAAUAAUAAUAAAAAGGAUAUUUUCAUCAUAAUAAUGAAUGCAUAAUUGAUAAAUUGGUUGAAAAGGAAAAGUUGAUGACAAGCAUAGCAAAUAUCUUUACAGAAGUAGCUAAGAUCACUUGUAAUGAAUUGAUUGAACCUAUUAAAUAAUAAAUUGAUCAAUUAGAGUCAGAUUUAGCUAAGAUUAAAGAACUAGUCAUUAAAAGUUUUAAUUAAGUAUAAUAUAACAUUUAAAAUCAGUUUACUCCAGUAAUGAGAAGUGUAGGAAUAUCAGAAAAAGUUAUUGAAAAUGGUAAAUAGAUAGAAACAGAAGAAAUUGAUAGAGUCAGAAAAAAAUUACAAAAUCAUGAUAAUAUGAUUAGUUUAUUAAUGGAUACAUAGUAAUAUUAUAUUUAUAUAUAAUAUUAGAGCUUAAUUAAAAUAAACAUUAUAGAUAUUUAAUACUUCUGAUGAUAUAUAAUCAAGUAUAAUAAUUUAAUUAUCUAUUAGAAUUACUAUCUCAAUUUGAUGACAAAAUAUAUUAACUUAAAUAAGAAUUAAAUGAUACUAAAGUUAAUGAUACUGUAAGAUAAGUUAAAGGUAUUUAGAUAUAAUUAAUAUAUAUAGAGAAAUGUAAUGCUUGUUGGGUUGUUCUUGGUGAUGUUAAUGAAAGAGUAGAAAAAAUGUAGAAAUAUUUAGAUGAAUAAAUUGAAAAGAAAAAAUCAGGAGGUUUAUUCUAAAAAGCUGCAUCAUAUAUUAAAGCAUCAUGAA